CAGUUCGCUCCAGCUGUCGGCGAUGGAACACACCGACAGCAUCCAUAUUCGGGGACGCACGGGGAAUAAUUCCUAGGCUACUUUAUUAUUUGUGCGCUACAACUAAAAGCACUCUGGUGCGCGUCCGCCUCAACUAAUUGUUGCUUUCCAGACGAGAAUCACUCCCUGCGCGCUUGAAUCACAUCUCUGCAGCAUCCUUGCAGAGUAGAGCCUCUGCUGCCCGUUUCCAUUUUUUUUCACUCCGGGCUGCAUUCGGUACCAUCGACGGAACCUGAGACCGAGCUCGGAUAUCUGGGCUCUUGCGUGCACAGCCGCAUCCACGGACGGUGCCAUUCAUGGCAGUGGAGUAAAUAUAAUCCAAAAGAGGAAAAAAGUUCCUCUCUUCAGUUAUGCACGCGUGGAUUCAGGUUGAUGCGAGUGAUUAGAAAGGCGUCGGGGAGCCAGUGAACAGGCUGUGUGUGCAGAUGAGGAUUACGCUCUUCACCUGGAAUACCUGAAGCUCUCCCAUGACGCGCAGCUGCAUCAACUUGUCGACACUGUUGCAUAUUUUCCACCGCUGACAUGUCGGCCCCUGUGGCCUCGCCUGCAGCUUUAUGUAUCAUAUAAGAUCUGAAAUCGGUGGCGCUUGAUUCGCAGCCCUGUUGUGCGUAAAACUCAGCAGCAGCUGAAAUCCACGCCACGGUUCCACAUCAAGAGGAUGCACCUGAAGCACAGCGAUGCACGGAACUCGGAGGAUUUCGUGAUCAGGAUGACAUUUGGUUGAAACACUCGUGGGGCCGAAACACAGAAAAAAAACUCCCCUUAUUAUUUUAUUUUUUGCAGCAAGAAGCUGCUGCAUCUGUCGACUAGACUCCUCGUUUUUUUUAGUCUCGGUUCGGGGAGAUGGCUGCGAUCGCCAGCUCCCUGAUCCGUCAGAAACGCCAGGCGAGGGAGUCGAACAGCGACCGGGUCUCCACUUCGAAGCGUCGCCCCAGCCCGAGCAAAGACCCCCGCUCUCUGUGCGAGAGGCAUUUCCUGGGGGUCUUCAGCAAAGUCCGCUUCUGCAGUGGCAAAAAAAGACCAGUGCGGCGGCGACCAGAUGCACCCUCGAAACCUCCACAGGUGUCCCAUAAGGGCUGCAGGCUAGAGCCGCAGCUGAAAGGCAUCGUGACACGACUGUUCAGCCAGCAGGGCUUCUACCUGCAGAUGCAGCCGGAUGGAACCAUCGACGGCAGCAAGGACGAAAACAGCGACAACACCCUGUUUAAUCUAAUUCCAGUGGGUCUGAGAGUGGUGGCCAUCCAGGGCGUGAAGAGUGGGUUAUACAUCGGCAUGAAUGGCGAGGGCAUGCUCUACAGCUCGGUAAGAUACACAACCCUUUUGCUGCUCUUACACGGUUAG